AUGUCUCCUGUAAACGAUACUCAUCGUUCGACUCGAGCAUUGCAUGCCGACGACCCGCUCAACCUCGUCACAGACGUUGCGCCUCCAAUUCACUUAUCGACAACGUACAGGUUUCCCAGUGAUCCCAACGACCUCCUGCCAUCGGUAGACCCUGUGGAUGAGUUCAAUGGAAAGAACUAUGUAUACUCUCGGGAGUUUGCUCCAAACGCAACUCGCUUCGAAGCGGUGCUUUCAUCGCUAAUCGGCGGGAAUGCCAUCUGCUACUCUACCGGAUUAGCAGCUCUGACCGCCGCUCUGGUACUGCUGAAUCCCCGCCGCAUCUCCAUCGGCGAAGGGUACCAUGGCAGCCACGAGGUGAUCGGCGUGCUCUCGCGCCUGUCUGGACUGCAGAAACUGGACCUUCAUUGCCCCGCGGAGAGCUUAGAAGAGGGGGAUGUGAUUCUGCUGGAGACCCCGGUCAACCCGCUGGGUACAGCGUUCAGCAUCGAGCAAUUCGCCCAGAAGGCUCACUCGAGAGGCGCCUAUCUCAUUGUCGACAGCACCUUUGCUCCUCCAAGCUUGCAAGACCCCUUCCAAUGGGGCGCUGAUCUAGUGAUGCAUUCCGGAUCCAAGUAUUUUGGAGGCCACAGUGACCUUCUCUGUGGUGUUCUGGCGACAAAGCGGCAAGACUGGACCAAGAAGCUGUUCGAGGAUAGACUUGCAUUCGGAAGUGUGAUCGGCAAUUUAGAAGCGUGGCUUGGUCUGCGUAGUCUGCGUACCCUAGAAGUGCGUGUGGAGCGCGCAAGCCAGAGCUCUGAAAGACUCAUCUCAUGGUUGAACCAAGGACUGAACGCCCAGAGCCCAGCUCCAGGUAGCGAAGAGCAGAUCAUCCAGAGCAUCGUGCAAAAGAUUCAUCAUGCCAGCUUGCAAGAUGAGCCUUGGGUGCGGAAACAGAUGCCAAACGGCUUUGGUCCUGUUUUCUCGAUUGUUCUGCAGACGGAAGACUUCGCACGGGUCCUGCCAAGCAAGCUGCAUCUCUUCCAGCAUGCCACCAGCCUUGGUGGGGUUGAGUCCUUGAUCGAAUGGAGAGCACUCUCCGACUCCAGAGUCGAUCGGAAGCUCUUGAGACUCAGUGUUGGGUUGGAAAACUGGGAGGACUUGAAGAACGAUUUGCUUAAAGCCUUCAAAUCCCUUCUGUCGCAAUCAUGA